GCGUGGUGUUAAUCCAAGCGCGAGCCGCAACCUGAACGCUACAGGCGUUAGGACGUAAUGUGAUCGGUUUCUUCACGUUUCCGUCCUCUCGCGACGCGUUAAACUUGUUUUUUUUAGACCCGAGUGGACUCCGUUAUCCGUUAGCCGUAGUUAUCGAGUAUUUAGUUGUCGUCGUUGUUGUUUUAACCGUUAUUUAUACGACUCCGUUGAUAAGUUGCGUGCGCGCGCGCUCUUGUUGACGGUUGACACAGUGAAGUGAGGUAAAGUGUGUCAGAGCUGAAGGGAUGGUGGACAACUCCAACAGCGGCAAGACUCAAAUGGAGAGCAGUUUAGGAGGCAGCGUUUGCCCUCAGGGAGGUGCAGCGGGGGUGAAGCUCGAAGCCGUGAUGGAGCAUUUGCAGCGGCAGCAGCAAGCACGUUUGGAGAUGGAGCGCAAGGAGCGGCGUCUGCGUGAUGCUCAUCUGUUGUACGCUCAACAAGUGGCCGCUCAGCACGCUAUCCUGGCGGCAGCUCGAGCAUCUACAAUGGGCAAUAGCGGAAAGGCCCAGGGGCACGUGGAGAGGCUGGACGAAGUCGCUCGGGGCAGGGAUUCGGGCGAUGACGACGACGACGACGAAGACAUCGAUGCUGAUAACGAUGAUGAAGAGGAACCGAUGGCCGACGAAGGCAGCGAGGAGGAGCACGACGACGACAGCCCAGUGAGUGGGCUGGAGUUUUUGCGCAAGCAGACGCUGGCACUACAACAGAGUGCCAUGGCCAGGCAGUUUACAGGCUACGCAGCCAGCACUGCGGCAGGAACCAGAAUUCAGAGAGAUGACGCGUCUCCCAUCAGGGUCAAACAGGAGCCGGAUGAAGACCUUUCACCUGCUGGUCCUCAAACGGCCGCAUCUCCAAAUGGACAGGCCGACUGGGGCUACGAUGAACACAUUAAACAGAAUGGCAGUGGUGUGUGGGGUGAGGAAACAGACAGCAACAGAUCGAGAGGAGAGGCUUCCAGAGACUUUGCCAAGUUGUAUGAGCUGGACAGUGACCCCAACAGGAAAGAGUUUCUGGAUGAUCUCUUCACCUUCAUGCAGAAACGAGGAACUCCAGUAAACCGAAUCCCCAUCAUGGCCAAGCAGGUGCUGGAUCUCUACAUGCUCUAUAAGUUGGUGACAGAGAAAGGAGGCCUGGUGGAAGUCAUCAACAAAAAGAUCUGGAGAGAAAUCACCAAGGGCCUGAACUUACCCACCUCCAUCACCAGCGCUGCCUUCACACUCCGCACGCAAUAUAUGAAGUAUCUUUACCCAUACGAGUGUGCACGCAAAAGCCUGAGCUCUCCCAGUGAGCUGCAGGCCGCCAUCGACAGCAACCGACGCGAGGGGCGUCGCCCCAGCUACAGCAGCAGCCUGUUCCGCUUUAGCUCCUCCCCCAGCCCUGGCCCUCACAUUCUCUCACCUCCCAAAAUGCACCUGGCUGCUUUGAGUGCCGGAGCUGCAGCGGCACUGAAUGGCCUUCAGGGGGCAUCAGCAUCUUCAAUCAAGGCUUUGGAAGAUGCCUCUCCGUCAUUGCUGGCUCGUUCCCCAGCCAUGGCUCUGGCUCUGGGACCACAGCAGAUGGCAGGACUGGCUCGGGCGGCCACACUCGAGCAGCUGAGGGAAAAACUGGAGACCGGCACCGGACUUGGAGUCUCUGAGGGGCCGGAAAGGAAGAUGGCACGUCUGGCCGAGGAGCAGCAGAGACUCAUGCAGCAGGCACUUCAGCACAACCUGCUAGCCAUGGCAUCCCACAUGCCCAUGAACCUGCGCAUGGGUCUGACACCAAGAGAAGAUAAACACGACCUGGCCUUGAGCAUUUCCUCCACAGGGUCUUCCAGCAUCAGCGUAUCUGUAGAGGUCAACGGCGUCAUCUACUCAGGAACUCUGUUUGCUCAGAAGCCCGUGUCAGUGGCCGUGUCUUCUGCAACCAACGUGUCGUCUGUGACGCCCAACACCACCUUUACCUUCCCCAGCCACAGCCCCUCCUCCUCUUCCUCCAAGGGACCCAGCUCGGCCGAGCCGUCCACCAGCGGAUCGCCGUAGGACGAGUUGUCUUCCUGCCAGGCUUCAGCCUCCUCCAGGCCUCGGCACGACCACAACUUACCCUCACACAGAUGUUUUAAAAUAUCAGACUGUUACACAACCAGUACCUCAUUUACUUCCUGUCAGCCUUGGCUGUCUAUACAGGUUCAGACAUAUUUAAAACACACACACACACACACACACACACACAAUUCAUCGUAACAAACACUGCUAAGUACAACGCUAAACACAAUCAUGACAUUUAGCCAAAAUCAAAUGACAGGUGUUCAUUACAGGACUUGAAGCUUUUUAUUUAGCAGAAAAAAUGCUAUUUUGUUUGUCUUCUGAUUUUUGGAUUUUUUUUUAAAGUUUUUUUCUUCUCUUUUCCUGCAGAUUGAGCAAUCUGCCGUGGUUAAAUAUUACUAUAAUAUCUUAACCUUGGGAGCUGUAGUGAAUGCUCCAUCUGAGUGAGUUAUAUAGUUAUAUAGUUAUAUAUUUUUUAUUUUCAGAAUCUUUUUGAAUUCCUACGAUUUUUUUUUCUCUCCUCAUCGUGUUGCUAUACGUUCGGUUCAUCAACAACCUCAUAACUAGCAGCUGCGUUGUAACUACGUGUGUGCUCAGCGUGAGCCAAGUCGCUCACGUGUCCUCCUGCGUACCUUUUAUACUCAGGGAAGAUUUAAAGUGAUGUCCACUAGAGGCCACAUCACAGCUGAUGCAUCCCUGUUUCUCAGGUUUCCAUGUCGAACCAUUUCAGAGUCAAACCCUAACCUUAAUAACGAUACAUCAAAUCAGCGAAUGUGAUCAGAGAGACGUUUCUCUUUAUCUACACUCUUUCCGGUGUGAACGACUACAGGAGCCGUGAUGCACACAUGUAAGCAAAUGCGAGUAUAAACACAGGCUUGGAUCUGAUUCCAGAUGUUACAGCUGCAAAACGAGCCAAAGCUAUGACUUGAAUGACACACAGCUGGAUGGAAGCUGUGAUAACGGUGCGCAUUCACACUGAGCACUGCUUUUCAGAACAGUGCCUCAGAAUCAAAAUACCUCAAAGCGGUCACUAGACAUAGGGAAAUGUAGAAUACAGUAGGUGUGUGGUGGUGUGCAGUGUUACUGUGCAGUGCUACACAUCACAGCUCUUCUAGUCUGUAGCCUCAGGCAGGCUUUUGACUUCACUUUAGACCUUUAACAGUUUCUGACAUCACAAUCUACCUCAUCACUUUCUUUCAUUUGUCUGUUAUUAGGAGUUCUAGGUAAGGCAGCACAGAGUAGCUCAGAUAUAUUGUCACUAUAUGCUGUAGGACAAUCACCGAAAGGGGCGUCAUGGCGACAAGCGACCGAACAGACGCUCUCGAAUCUGCACACAGAGGAGACCAGACGCUGGAGUAUAUUAGAGUUUGGUUUAAAUAGCGUAGAGAAUCCGAGAGUCUGCGUCUUGUCACUUUGUGCCUCUAGGGGGUGUGGUUUAGUUCUAGUUUUUAAUGAUUUUUUUUUUUUAGCAGGAUGUAAAAUCAAAUCACGUUGAUAUUUGCCUCUCGCCGUGGAGCAGGCAGCUUUCUCAGGAACUACUCUGACGACUCGUACGGUCAGUAAAACAUAUCGUUAGUCUUUUUUUUUCUUUUCCUCAAGAAAUAUCUCUCGCUCUCUCUCUCUCUCUCACUCUCUCACGUACAGAGACACUAACCGUAUCCUACAACCAGACUCGGACCAUUGCAGUUUCCUGAAUUCAGCGAGUUACUGCCUGAUUCCAACCCCCCACCCCCCCCCCCCCCCCCCCCACCACCACCACCACCACCCCACCCCACCCCCCGGCCGCUCUCUCACACUUCAUCCUUCAUCACUUUUGCAGCGUUCUGCAUUCAUACAAUCACACUUGCUUGAAUGCACAGCUACAUACCAAAGAGCAGCUAAUUUUCUUUCUGUCUGACUGUAACCAUGAGGUACAGCACAGGCACCACCUCAGUGAAUUUCCAAAAUUUAUUUUAUUUUUUUUAAAACUCCAUACAGAGGCCUUUUUUUAUUACACUAUCCAUGUGGCAGCUGAUGCUGGAUUCAGGAGCUGUUUUUCCACCGUAAUCAGACACGAUGUUCUUUACCGGUUUGGAGAACACAACACAGGAUGCUGCUCUAACAGCUACAGAUGCCUCCAAUCUCCUUCCUCUAUCUGUCCUGUUGAGAGCGUAAUUCUUCGUCUCUUGGUGCUUGUGGAUGUUUUUUAGACAAACUACAAUGUUGCCCUACAACCCUCUAUUCGGUCACUUGUUCCGUUCUCGACUUCUUUAUGCUCGCCGUACAAGCCUCGUACGUAACAAACUCCUAGCUUCUUACCUGUCAGGCUUUGUUUCUCUCUGUAUAUAUUUUUAAACACGUUUCAGGGAACACAGGUUUGGUAUCGACUCUAGAUCCAGCACCAGAUGGGAGAAAAGCAGAUGCUUGGAGAGAUGAUUGAGAGCUGAUGAGUUGCUGAUUGAUGCUUUAAUUAAACAGUUUGCUGAGCUCAUUUAACCAGAGGUCUGAAAUGAAUCGCUCUGGAAAAUCUUUCCUUUAUUUUUAUUUAUUUUUUUAAUAUGAAAACACUGAAGGUGCCCAAAGAUGAACCACCGUUGUAGUGUUGUCUCUGAUUUGCUCCGUCUCCCUAAGCUCAGGAAGUCCAUUUGUUUUGCCAAACGUCGUCCUUCCUGAAGUGAACCUUCAUCACGGUUGUGCUUGUAAAUGCUUCUCCACGCUGCUGAGCUAAAGCAUGUGCAUCACUGAGAUCUAUGAAACAAUACCCUUUUUUUCUACCAUGGAGCAGUUUACAGCCUUGAGGCUCAUCGUGGUGUCCUGUGAUGCUUUUUUUUUUUUAUUUUUUUUUUUAUAAAAACAGUCAGGGAAAAGUUGCUCUCAAAUGAACCGCUGCUGUUAAAGAAUGCUGUAGUUGCCUUAAUCGCUGGAGAGACCAGGGCGGGUUUCGGGAUUUCUCCAGACCAGAAUGUCGAGGCUCUUUUAUCAAAAGGGUUUAUCAACCUGAAGUCCAGCUGCACAAAAUACAAUCAGCGUCACACACCGUGUCAGACAUAUUUAUCUAGUUUAUAGUUUGUUUUUAAAUUGGUCUUACAGGUUAUACAUAUGUGAGUAGAUUUUAAAGACCUCCUGGUUUUAAGUGUGUGCGUGUGUGUGUGUGUAUGAGGGAUAGAAAGCAUUUGCACAUCAUAUGAUAUCAGGUUAUAAAAGUAAUAGUUACAUUAGUCACUUUAUCACCCACAGUCUGUCGCCGCAAGGUGUUUUUUUUUUUUUUUGCUGAUCACCAACCUCUAGAUGGUGCUGAAGUACAAGUUGUAUUGUGUGCGUGUGUGUGUGCGUGUGUGUGCGCGCGUGUGUGUGUGUGUGUGUGUGUGUGUGUGUGUGUGUGUGUGUGUGUGUGUAUGUAACAGAGUGAGAGAAGCUGCUGGACUGUUUUAAACACGCCCUUGUCCACUUCCACAUAAUAAUCGUAGUCGAUCUCCGGAGCAGAUCUUUACCCAGAAUGCACUACAGUCUCAAACGUAUAGGUACUCUGACGUCAUCGUCGUGGUGGAGUUGGUCUAAUAAAACAGAUUUAAAGACAAUCCGUUACGUUUUAUCAAUAAACAAGAAAUACCUUUCCAAAUUUCUACACUUUUAACUUUUUCUACGUUAUGAGAAACGAACAAGAUCGUUGUUAUGUAGAUGUUCUCACAAGAUGUCCGGGUUUCAGGACAAGCUUUGGGUUUUUUGUUCUGUUUGUUUUUUGUCAGAAAACUUGGCCGUGAUUUUACAGAAAACGGCACUUCACAAAAACACAGUGAGCUUGUUUGAGUUCAGGGACUGACUCUUUGCUCCAGCUCGAGGCCACGAACGUGCACAGAAAACAUCAGAAUCAGUUAAUAGUAUGAAAUACGUCACGCGUCAUACAACGAAGCGCAUUUCUGUACAAUGAGAUUCAGAGCAAAUCCGAAUGAUUAAUCCAGACGCGAAAUCAUACAGGAAGUGAGUCGCUCUGCGUUGUUCUCACCACUGCAGGGUUUAACGUUGUUCCUGUUGACUAAUCUUACACUCACUCUGCACUACACACUUAUUUCAUCAUCAUCAUCAUCAUCGAGGGCGUGUUGAACUCAGGAGCGCUUCUUCUUCACUCAAGAAUGUAUCACAAAUCACAGCAGCAGCCGUUUCACCACUUCACCUCAACUCCACAUCUGUCUGGGUAUUAUAUUAGACAUUAGACACAUGCAAAUGGUUUAUGGAAUACCUCAUUUGUCUUCUAGGUGUUUUUUUUUUCCGUGUGUUUUUUUUGUUUUUUUUUGCUUAAAGUUUUGAUGCAGAAAUCUGAACAAUGGUCUUUGUGCAUAUUUUUGUACGGUUGUUAUAUUAUAAUGCUGUUAUUCUAACGAUGAUAUUACUGAUGUUAUCCUCCACUAAUUAAAAUGAGUUUUAGGACAAGACCCAUGAGAAUGCUUGUGAAACUGGUUUGUGCUGAUUGUAUUCAGAAGUGGAGCACUUUGUUCCCCAACCAAAAAAAAAGUGAUUUUUAUUUUUUAAAAUGUUUUUUUGUUGUUGUUUUUUUUUUUUUUGGACAUUCAGGUUUGUUCACAUCAGUAAUAUUAAAUCUGUGGUUCUCAGGGCUUUCCACAUCUACAGUACAAUUAUGAUAAAGUUUUACAUUAUAUCUUAA